GUUACAUGCUGGGGUGCACCUCAUCCUUUGCAGAGUUCUGUUGUCAGGACUUCUGAAUAGUGAUACAGGGGGUGUGCGUAGACGUAUCUAUUAUCAACGUUACGGUAGGGGAAAAAAUAUGACGUGGAGGCACACCUCCGGCUUGGAAGGACACCAACCGGCCGAGGAGGCAUCUCAGCAGCAAGGACAGGCCGAGCAGACUGACUCCUCCGGCCGCCGCUGCGGGCUCAGUCUCUCCGUCCGGCAGAUUGUGAGCUCCCUGCACCGGCGGCGCUGGCACGAUCCAAUCCAUCAUUUGUCUAUCGAACAGACCAGCUUGGGAAAUGCACUUCUGAGAGAGGGAGGGAAGAGCUGAUUUCAACAUGUCAAGCACUCAGAUGGAAAACGGCUCUGCGAACUCAGCAGAAGCUAAGAAAACAGACCUGAGAAUGAAUGAGAAGAAAUGCUCUUGGGCUUCAUAUAUGACCAAUUCUCCAACGGUGAUCGUAAUGAUCGGCCUGCCUGCAAGAGGGAAGACCUACAUGUCAAAGAAACUCACACGUUACCUCAACUGGAUCGGAGUCCCAACCAAAGUGUUUAACUUAGGCGUGUACCGCAGAGAGGCCGUCAGAGCUUAUAAGUCCUACGACUUCUUCCGCCACGACAAUGAGGAGGCCAUGAAAAUAAGGAAGCAGUGUGCUCUGGUAGCUCUGCAGGAUGUGAAGGCUUACCUGACUGAGGAGGGAGGUCAGAUUGCUGUGUUUGAUGCAACAAACACAACAAGAGAAAGGCGAGAUCUCAUUCUGGCUUUUGUGAAGGAAAAUGCAUUCAAGGUGUUCUUUGUGGAGUCUGUGUGUGACGACCCAGAGGUCAUUGCUGCUAAUAUUCUGGAAGUGAAAGUGUCCAGUCCUGACUACCCUGAGAGACACAGAGAGAGAGUAAUGGACGACUUCCUCAAACGAAUCGAGUGCUACAAGGUUACGUACCAACCACUGGAUCCUGAUGAUUAUGACAAGGACCUAUCUUUUAUCAAGGUGAUGAACGUGGGCCGGCGUUUUCUGGUGAACCGGGUGCAGGACUACAUCCAGAGCAAGAUCGUCUACUACCUCAUGAACAUCCACGUGCACUCUCACUCCAUCUACUUGUGUCGGCACGGAGAGAGUAACCACAACGUCGAAGGACGCAUCGGAGGAGACUCAGAACUUUCACCUCGAGGGAAACAGUUCGCCCAUGCCCUGAGGGAUUUCAUUGAGGAGCACAAACUGUCAGAUUUGAAGGUGUGGACAAGCCAACUGAGAAGAACCAUCCAGACAGCAGAGGAGCUGCGGGUUCCUUAUGAACAAUGGAAGAUACUCAACGAAAUUGAUGCUGGUGUGUGUGAGGAGAUGACUUAUGAACUGAUCCAGAAGACAUCCCCAGAGGAGUUUGCUUUGAGGGACCAGGACAAGUACCAUUAUCGCUAUCCAGGAGGAGAGUCCUACCAAGACCUUGUUCAGCGUUUGGAGCCGGUUAUCAUGGAGUUAGAGAGACAGGGCAAUGUGCUGGUCAUCUGCCACCAGGCUGUCAUGCGCUGUUUGCUGGCAUACUUCCUGGACAAGAGUGCAGAGGAUCUACCAUACAUGAAAUGUCCACUCCACACAGUCCUCAAGCUGACCCCUGUUGCAUAUGGUUGUAAGGUGGAAAUGUUUUAUCUUAAUGUGGAGGCAGUGAACACACAUCGAGACCGGCCUCUUGGUAAAAUCCCGAGGGACUCUACUCUCAUACAUCGGCGGAAUAGUUACACUCCCUUGUCCAGUCACGACCAGGUCAAGCGUCCCAGGCUCUACAGCGCUGGCAACCAGCCUUGGCUACCGCUCGCCCCCACCCCAUCGGCUCUGAUGCCAGAGGGACGGCAAAGCCAAGUUAGUGCCAGAGUUACAGCCUCCCCCUCUAAAUCAGACACAGUCGAUUGUAACCAGUCACCUCCCACCACAGCUGUAACCCUGUGUUUGGCAUUCCCUCGCAUCAGUUUUGGAUCCUCUCGAGGAUUUAGUGUCUGUGUUGAAAAUGCCGUUCAUGGAAUCCAUCUCUCUAUGUACCUGUCUAUCUCAGGGCAUGUUUUGGAUUUUGAAUGGGGUGCUCUCUUCUUCUAAUGUUGCGCCUGUCUGUUUCCAAACCUCGAUGUUUGUCUUGCAUGACCUCUGCUUUACCUCUGGGCCGUCUCCAGCUUGAAUAUGCAGAACAGCAUGCCUACCUUUUGCUGAGGAAAGCUCCUAAUGAGUUACUCUUUAUGAGACACACAAACAUCAAAGACAUCUUUUACUAUAAUUUCGUUAGUGACAAUCAGCACAUUAUAAGCUAUAUAUAAUCUUCAUAAAUUUACAGUGGUGAUCCCAUUUUAGCACUAAAUCCCGUUUGCGAAAAUAACAUAAUACAUAAAUGAAAGAUUUCGAACCUAGGAAAAACGAUGAAACUUAAAAAUGCAUAUUCAUAUUUGUUCGUGUUGUGUAUUUGUUGGCCUUGCCUUGUGGGUACAGUGCUACAGCCCUUCUCCACAUUUCUAUCUCUCUCUCUCUUUCUCCACUUUCUUCAAAUCUCUUUUACAGCCUCGGAUAGGAAGCGGCUGUCUGUGAGUAUUUUGGAGACUCAGAACAUGUAACAGCCCUUCAUUUUCUUUCCCAUAAUUCAACUCAUGCCAUUGUAACCCAUGUCAAUAUGUUGUCACAGUGGUGUAUUUUUUUUUUAUGGUUUUCAGCCUCUAGGUAUCUAACUUUCCAUCACCUUUGCACUGCGGCUAGAAGCAAAGCUGCCGCUGCCUUUGUUUCAUCUCAGCAGACUUAUCAAGUACACUGUUAGACACUGAUUGUUUGAUAGUUUGACUACAAUAACUUCAAUAAAACUCUUUGCUGAUAGCAUUUGUCAGACAUCUAGAGAUAUUUUAAAAUGGGAAAAAUAAUGUAGCUACUUAUAUAUUGGACAUACCGGUACAUUAAAUCUAAGAAACCUAAGGGUAUUUGAAUAUUAAUUUCCUAUAUAAUAUUCUGGAUUAUGAUUCAGAACCUGUCAUAAAUGGGGUCAGAGUAUGAUCAAUAAGUAAUCACUUCUUGAGAAUGUGCUAAAGGAGGGUCUCCACUGAUGUGGGUGUUUUACUACACUUCACAUGACGAUGGCCUAAUUUUUUUAAAUAGCAACGUAAGACUCCUGGGCUCCCGGGAAGCCAUUAGUUUCCUCAAAUAGGAUUUGCUGCUGUGAGGCAUUAAUUUUGAAAGUCAGUGACAUUUUCUUUUUCUUGAAGGAGUCCCUGUGCGAAGGAAUCGACUUUGACAGCCCCGAAGAAACUAGUGGCUGUGUCCGCUUCUGAGUGAAGACAAAAGCACCUGUCUUUAUGGCACAAAUCAUAUUCUUGGAAAUGACGGCUGGAUUUAUUUUAUAUAGAAUGAAGUGAAUAAAUGGAUGAAGUCAGUUGGUACAUUUUCAGUUUUUGUCCUAUCUCAACUUUUCUGUUUAACUUUUCUCUGCAUGCUGAGGCUUUGAACUGGAAGCCUUGUCAUUAGUAUCAUAAACACUUCUGCCUGUAUGCCAAAUCAGUUAAUCAAUCAGUCAGUCAGUCAAUCAACCAAAAGAGCAUACUGUAUUACAGGACUGGCAGUUAGUUGUAAAUACUACAAUGCCUUAUGAAUAUCAAUAGAUUUAGCUCCUCUCUGUGUUCGACUAAUGAGAACAAGUUAUGCAUUAUUAUGAUGAGUUUGCACUAUUGCAAGUAGAACAUCUUAUAAAGUAGAUGCUGUAAAAAUAUUUUUAUAACAAAUCCACUCAUCUACUCUACAGCCAGUAGUGAUUCUUAUCAGUUAAGCCAUCAUCUAUGUUAUGUUAUGUUAUGUUAUGUUAUGUUAUGUUAUGUUAUGUUAUGUUAUGUUAUUUGGCUUAGUUUCUUCCUUCCGUUUUGGAAGCAUUCUAUGUUUUAUGUGCUAAAAUAUACCACAUUGCUGGACAUACUGUACACCAGCAGUAAAUGAAGACGCUUGCCUCUCUGUCACAAGCUGUCAUUCACGUACCUACUGUGUUAAACUAGCAUUUUCUGUCACAAAGAACACUAAAUCCUAAAUAUUCAUCUGGAAAUACAGUGUCCUGCUUGCCUGUUUACUGCAGGAAAGGAUAUUGUGCAACAAAAUAUGUUGAUUGUAUAUUGGCUGUUUCUUGCUAUGCUUUUGGACAAAUAUUGCUUUUAAAUGCUUCAUGCAAAUGUAUCUUUACUGCUUAAAUACUCUGUUUCAUCAGGCGUUUUUGACACAUAAAAUCCUUUGAUUUUAUUUAAUAAUAGACAGUGGCACUAUUUUCAUUUUAUGGCUAUGUAAUGUUUGAAUCCUGAUAAGUUAUUUCCCUUCUCAAAGCAGCCUAUUUGUGCCUUUUUAGCAGACAAUAAAAAUGAAUUUUGAAGUGAA